AUGGAUUCCUUUACACGUCAGCGAAGGGGCUCUGGAGGAAGGGAUAUCGAGGUCCCUGCUGGAGCUUCUGAGCCAGAUUAUCAGGCAGCCUUGGGCCAAGAGGACAGCGAGCAACAGCCUGCACCUGUACGUCUAGGAGAAAUGUCUCCGGGCAUGUUGGAGCAGGGCGGGGUUCCGGCAGAGCCGGAGACGCCUGCCAACUUGUUUGUGGCAAGUCCUUUUCAUUCUGAGAAGGUGAAAUCAGAAGUGGAGCUUCUCAGAUCGAGACCGGCGACGUUGGAUGAUGACGGAAGGCGUGCUGGAAUCGAUUACGAUGAGGCAGCUCUUGGAGAUUCGAGCUUUUUGAGUGGCGGCAGGGAACCGGACUAUAGCUUAGCUGGCCAUGGAUCUCGUGGAGGAGCUCCUAAGCUGGCCCGAGUGGAGAUAGCAGGCGAGCAUGCUGUUGAGCAGUCUGGUGAAGCCGAGGAGCAAAAGCCUGGCAUAGUUGAGGUGCAACCUGAGACUGGGCGAGGCUGGGAAAUUACUGGCAAGGGUCGGGGUGCAAAUCCGAGGGAUGGAUCCGCGAGCACUUUUGCUGGUGAGAAACCGGGAGCUUCAGACGCUCGAGAGCUCAUUCCUGACUCUGGUUUUUCCAGGAUGGAACAGAUGAUGUUGCAAGUGAUGCAGGAGAAUGCUGCUCUGCGGCAGAGACUGGAAGCGGUGGAGUCUCAGUCAAGCGGCCUGAGUGGAGGAACCUGUGUGACAGCGCUCGAAGCUCAGGUCAGUUCGCCGAUGUCUUUCGCUGGGAAUGUACAGAGUUGCGUGGCCGCGCCACGAGAGAAUCGUCUUGUACAGAUGCCGAGUGCGUUUCCGGGCAACGAUUUCCAAGGAUAUUUGGCUGGCGUUGAGGAUUUUGCGCGUGGGGAAAAGGGGAUACCGAGUCAAGGCGUUCCAGGGUCUUCUCCCACUGUUGCAGAGGGGAUCUCGUCCUUUAGCGCUCCUGGGGCAUUUCCUGAGGAACCAGCGAAGUACAUUAUCGACCUGCCUAAGCUUGCUGCUGCUGACUUGACCACUAGCGCCGUAACAUGUGGCAACUGGCUUGCGCAGACACGCCAGGUUUUCGCGGGGCUUUCGCCGUCAGCGUCUGUUUGGUUCAGCUCGGUUGAGGGCGCGGCUAAUGCAAGCUAUCAGCGUUGGCUUGUAGCAGAUCCGUUGGAACGGCUAGCUCUCGAUCCCUCCACGGUUGUUGCUCACUAUGAUGCCGUCAAGUACCAGCGCGUAGAAAGUAGGGCAGCCCCAGACCCCAAGCUUCCCAGCACAUCUGCAUCUUCUCAGACGCCGAGUCCCACUGUGGCAGCGGUAUUUGGAGAGGCGGACGCUGGUAAAGGCAAAGUAGGUGCUUGGCUUGUGGUCAGAGCGGACACUACCGGCCGGACUGUCCGAUUGUCCCAGCAGAGCUCAGACCGGUGCUGCCAGAGGGUGGAUCGCCAAGAAGCCUUGUUUGCUGAAGCAGCCAAGCUUUUGCAAGGUGCAAGCGCAAAGGUUUUGAGGGUUGGCGAGUGGAACAUAGAUGAGACUUGGCUCUGUAGCGCUGUGAGUGCAUCCAAUCUUGAGUAUGCCUUGAUUGACUCUGGUGUCACUGAAUUGCACGUCAACGAGUAUGGGACCUUGCUUAGCCCUGUUGAUUGCCAGCUCAUAUUGCCUGCCGGGUACUUAGUCAGUAUGGGUUACCGCCUGAAGAAGUGGAAGGGCUCCGUGAGGCAUAUGGGUUGUCGCCAGCGGAGUCAUUGGCGAUCUCGGAUCACCACCUUGUACUCUUUGAGUGUCGACAUUGCUGGACCGUUCAAGGAUGGUCGCAGUUUUGACCCGAUUGCGUCUGGCAGGGAUCGUGGACGUGGCUAUAAGUACUUCAUUGCUGCAGCGUACUCGAUACCCUUGAGUCCCGAGUUGCGACCUGAUUUGAGUCCUCCUGAUGAUCUAGCUGAGUAUUGUCCUUCUGAGUGUGAGCAAGAAGCUGCAGGGGUAGGACCUAUAGCCGAUGAGGCGUCUGAGGAUUGCUCUGAGUGGCUGGACGGGGUACAUGAGCAGCUCCUGGCCCUGAUUUACCGGGGAACGCUGCAGACGGGGCAGAAGAGGUUGGAGUCGUUUGGGUACCCUGUUCACCGCUACUUCGCAGACCGUGCUAAAGAGCUGAGGAGCCAUGCUUUGAUUCAGUGGCUUCGAGAACGCGGCAUUCGUGCCUCAUUUACCGCAGGAGAGGAUCCUGCUGGAAAUAAGGCAGAGGUCAGUGUCCAGCGGUUGAAGCAAGAUGCCAGGAAACUCCUUCGCGUUGCCGAUCUGCCAAUCGAGUUUUGGCCAUUUGCUAUUCUUCAUGCUUCGCAAAGACACUUUGUGCAAAUGGCUGAGGCUUUGGGUGUGGGACAGGCUGUCCUUUUACCGUUUGGGGUAUGGUUGCAUGCGCGAAAGCGUUUGAAGUCGGGUCAUAAGAAGCAUUGGGAGACACGAACUGUUCCGGGCAAGUACCUGGGGGUUGCAACUGAUUGUGCUGGUGGGCACCUGGUGUUAAUCCAGGAUGGGUCCGAGCAGCGUGUUUUGCUAACCAACACUGUCUACCCUGUUGAUCCUUUGACAGUUGAUGGUACGACCGUGAAGCUUCUCUUUGGAGAUUCUGGUGUUUGGCUGGGAAAUAAGCUUGAGACUGGUGACUACAGCACGGUUGAGGCAUUAGAGGAUAGGUGGGUGAUUGCUGCCUAUGCUCCUCGGGGUACAUGGAAGAUUCUGAACGAAUACGCUCGUGAGCUUGAGAGCUUGGGGUUCGAUUCUAAAGGGUUGGAUCACCUUUUCGCUGCAGAGCGUGCUUCGAUUUCAAAGUUUAAUGCUGAGGGUGAUGAGGACUUGACCUCUGAGGGGCUUUGGGAAGUUGAGUUUCCCUGUGAAGUGUUGAAGCCUGGUUGGCGUGAGCACGUUUUAAGAAAUCACCUGUCCUCAGCUUUGGCGUGUAAAGCCCUUGUGAAGGAGCUUAGCUGUUUUGGAAAUGAUGAUGUAGGCUACGAAUUGAUUCGGACCUUGAAGUCGGUUGAAUGCCAGCGCGAGUGGUAUGAGGGACUUCUGUGGGAUGACUUUGUCAGGAAUUCUGGGAGUAUGUUAAAGGCUUUGAAUCAGGAUGUUCCUCUGAACCCGGAAGACCAAACCAGCCCUGCCGAAGCUUUUCUCCAAACGAGGACAGUAAGCUUAGCUGAGGCAAAGGGUGAAUUGGUGCUAUGGAUACCUUCGGCUACUGAGGAAGUUGUCUCUUUGGAACAAACGAAUGAGGCUGUUGAGCGCAUUGUCGUGUCGGACAUUGAGCGGUUGAUUCAAGAAGGAAAAAGGGUAACCCAGGUUCCAGGAAAGGCAGUCCUAACCAGGAAGGCUGGUGUUGGGAAACGCCGAUUCAGGUGUGUCGCGUGUGGGAACUACAUCCCCACUGGCUCUCCUGAUUCCAACAACCUUUAUGCGAGUGGCGUUGAAAGCUUGACUGUCAGAACGGCAUUAGGUUUUGCUGCUUACCGUGGUUGGGCAGCUUUGAGCGCCGACAUAAGGACGGCCUUCCUUCACGCGCCGUUGGACGGCGAGCUUGAGUCCGAAGAAAUUAUCAUUGUCAGGCCUCCAUCUAUUCUUGUAGACAUGAAAAUUCUUUCCCCGAAUCAUCGAUGGCGCGUGCGUAAAGCACUGUAUGGGUUACGACAAGCUCCCUUGGCUUGGGCCCGGUUCCGAGAUAAGUCAUUGCGGGUGCUGACCUUUCAGUGUGACGGUGCAUGGUAUGCCUUGCAGCAGGGUGUCAGUGAUGAUUCGCUUUGGUUCAUCACUAAAAGCGAGAUUGCCGAGGAUGACACUGAGCGUUGGCAUGGUAUCUUGAUCAUUUACGUUGACGAUCUUUUGGGUUUCGCUUCAUCGGUGAUCCUUAGUGCCCUUUUCGAUGAAAUACAGAAGCUGUGGAAGCUUUCGGAACCCGAGUGGAUUCGGGAGGAGGCUGCCACUAAGUUCUGUGGGUUGGAAAUCCAGGCCCUACAACGAGGAGGGUAUCGCAUAUCGCAGGUUUCCUAUUUGCAGGAGCUUUUUGCAAGAUACGACGUCACAAGCAGUGCAAGUGCGCCCUUGAGUAAUUGGACUGAUCCGGAAAAUGAGCAACAGGUGCAGUUGGAGACUGUCCGGAAGGCGCAAGCCCUGACAGGUGCUUUGCUUUGGGCUUCGUCGAAAACCAGACCCGAUAUUGCUUUUGCUGUCAGUAAACUUGGGCAAUAUGCUGUGAAGGCGCCAAGCAUUGUGAUUGAGAGCGGGCAUCAAAUCCUGCGCUACUUGUAUGGUACGGCGGACCUGUGGCUGGAAUACCAGAAGCCAAGCGACAAUUCCUGGCUUGACGCUCCGGUUCCUCGAACUUUAAAUACUCUGGAGUUGUACACCGACGCUUCCCAUGCCCCUAACGGGGGGCGAUCUUGCCAAGCGAUGGUCAUCCUAUGGGGAGGAAAUGUGUUAUGCUGGGAAUCCUGUCGUCAACCGUUUGUGACUCUGUCCUCUACGGAGGCAGAGCUAGUUGCAGUCACCGCCGGAAUAGUUGCUGCAGAAUCAAUUGGGGGCAUCAUUGAGGAAAUGAUCGAGUCCGACAUCACGGUCUCUGCCUUGUGUGAUAACCAGGCAGCGGUAAGGUUGUCUUCCAGCUUCGGAUCCCAGGGAUCUGUCUCUCCCCGGACCUUAGCGGGUCUUGCAUUGGUUGCUGUGUUGUCUGGUGAUGGGUCUGAACAGUUCUCUGAAACUGAAUUGCUGGAGGCGCAGCGCAAACUUCAGGUUCCUCCGAGUGGUGUUGAAAGCUUGACUGUAAGAACGGCAUUAAGCCUUGCCGCUUACCGGGGUUUGGCAGCUUCGAGCGCCGACGUACGGGCGGCAUUCCUUCACGCGCCGUUGAACGGCCAGCCUGAGUCCGAAGAGAUUGUCACUGCGCAGUCUCCAUCCAUUUCCGUGCUGAAUCUCCUUGACUUAGAAGAUGACCCUACUCCAGAUGAUAGGAGUGAUAGGCGCUGGGUCGUACUUCUCUAUGUUCUCUGGUUAGUCCUGGGCGGCAUUCUUCCUAGUUCUGCAGAGGUAGUAACCUAUGGGGAUGAACCGGUUUCUUUCGGCAGGUGGGAUGAACCGACUGGUAGCUCCACUGGGGUUGGCGAUGUGUGUCUGGAGGAUGAGCAAGGGUCUAGCUCUGAAGAAGCCGGGAGCUGGGACUGGUGGCUGUGGGUUGCCUGCGUGAUUGGAAUCUGGGAAAUCGUUCGUGCCUUAUCUCUUCGUGUGUGCAGAAGUAGAAAGACAGUGCAGGAUCAGGCAGUCAGCGCCGAAACGGUGCCGUGGCCUUUGCAUCCAGGUAUCCCUCACCGAGCGAACAUCUUGUACUGCUACUGGCGUGCAGGAUACGUGUUUGACGUACAAGAAUAUCCUGAAGCGGUUCAAUCACGAUUUUAUGGCCUCCUAGGCUCUCACCUUGAGAGGCGUGACAGAGAUGGCUUGUCCUCCACAGACUCUUCUGAUUGA